AGCUAAUAUCUAGCUAACAUACAGCACUCCAUCACCCAACAGUCGUAAAGGAGUCAGAACAGCUGCUACUACACAGAGCAUUGCUUCCCAUAAUGCUUGGCGAGAUUGACCACCAAGAUGGCUGACGUUAUGGAUGAAUAUGAGAAAGAAGCUGGCUGUGUCCCUAUUCUCCAUCCAGAGGAAAUCAAGCCCCAGAGUCACUAUAACCAUGGCUACAGCGAGAAUGUGGCACGCAAGAGCCACGUGGAUGACUACAGCACUUGGGACAUUGUCAAAGCCACACAGUAUGGGAUAUUUGAGCGCUGCAGGGAGCUGGUGGAGGCUGGCUAUGACGUGCGGCAGCCCGACAAAGAGAACGUCACACUCCUGCACUGGGCCGCCAUCAACAAUAGAAUAGACCUGGUCAAGUACUACAUAUCGAAGGGGGCGAUUGUGGAUCAGUUGGGAGGUGACCUCAAUUCCACACCACUUCAUUGGGCCACAAGACAGGGCCACCUGUCCAUGGUGGUGCAGCUGCUGAAGUACGGCUCAGACCCUUCACUCAUCGACGGAGAGGGCUGCAGCUGCGUCCACCUGGCUGCGCAGUUCGGACACACCUCCAUUGUGGCCUACCUAAUCGCCAAGGGACAGGAUGUGGACAUGAUGGAUCAGAACGGCAUGACACCCUUGAUGUGGGCAGCUUACAGGACGCACAGCGUGGACCCGACCCGGCUCCUGCUGACCUUCAACGUGUCGGUGAACCUGGGCGACAAGUACCACAAGAACACAGCUCUUCACUGGGCCGUCUUGGCCGGCAACACCACCGUCAUCAGCCUGCUGCUUGACUCCAGCUCCAACGUGGACGCGCAGAACAUCAAGGGCGAGACGCCUUUGGACCUGGCCAAGCAGAGGAAAAACGUCUGGAUGGUCAACCACUUACAGGAGGCCCGCCAAGCCAAGGGCUACGACAGCCCCGGCUACCUGAAGAGGCUCAAGAUGGACAAGGAGUUCAGGCAGAAGAUAAUGUUGGGGACCCCCUUCCUUGUCAUCUGGUUGGUGGGCUUCAUUGCAGAUCUGGAUAUUGACUCCUGGCUACUGAAGGGCCUCAUGUACGCUGGAGUCUGGGCCACCGUGCAGUUCCUUUCCAAGUCUUUCUUUGACCACUCCAUGCACAGUGCCCUGCCCCUGGGAAUCUACCUGGCAACCAAAUUCUGGAUGUAUGUCACUUGGUUUUAUUGGUUCUGGAAUGAUCUCCCGUUUGCCACCAUCCACGUCCCGUUCCUUCUGAACAGCGUCUGCCUGUUCUACAACUUCGGCAAAUCCUGGAAAUCCGACCCCGGCAUCAUCAAGGCCUCGGAGGAGCAGAAGAAGAAGACUAUUGUUGAACUGGCAGAGACGGGCAGUCUGGAUCUCAGCAUAUUCUGCAGUACUUGUUUGAUACGGAAGCCCAUCAGGUCCAAACACUGUGCCGUGUGCAACCGCUGCAUUGCCAAGUUUGACCACCACUGUCCAUGGGUUGGGAACUGUGUGGGAAGCGGGAACCAUCGCUACUUCAUGGGCUACCUGUUUUUCCUGCUCUGCAUGAUCUGCUGGAUGAUCUACGGCUGUAUCUGCUACUGGAGGAUCCACUGCGCCACCAGCUACGCCAAGGACGGUUUCUGGCUGUACCUAACGCAGAUCGCCUCCUGCUCGCCCUGGAUGUUCUGGAUGUUCCUCAACAGCGUCUUCCACUUCAUGUGGGUGGCCGUGCUCAUCAUGUGCCAGCUGUACCAGAUUGCCGGUCUGGGAAUCACCACCAAUGAAAGGAUGAAUGCUAGGAGAUACAAGCACUUUAAAGUAACAGCCACAUCCAUUGAGAGCCCUUUCAACCAUGGGUGUAUACGGAACCUCAUUGACUUCUUUGAGAUCCGCUGCUGUGGGCUGAUCCGGCCCAAGGCGAUAGACUGGACCACACAGUACACAAUAGAGUACGACCAGACGUCCGGGUCGGGCUACCAGCUGGUGUAGAACGGGGAGAGCAGGGAGGGAGAAGGAGCGGAGGCGUCUUAGAAGAGGAGGGGGUUCCCCGUGGUUCAACACUGGAGCCAGCCAGGCUGUUCUCGGGAGCGCUCGCCUCGGACCAUCUCCCUCACCGAUUUCGGACUGAGAAAGCAGCCAGGAACUAGCAUGCUGUUAGGGAACAAACACACCACCAGUACAACCACAACAAAAUGGCCACCUACUACUCUACACGGAAUGCCACCCCCAUUACUGGUCGAUCCUGCUCAUGGACGGUGCACCGCUGCCUGGCACGGCUGAGAGAGAGGCGGAGGGAGGGUCAGGAGGAAACACAAUUUCAAAACAA